AUGGAAGUGAAAUCUAAGGCCAGUUUAAAGGACCCAUCUGUUAAAAGUCCUUUUAAAUUUGACUUCAAGAAGUUUCGGGAGGAUAUUUUUCAAGAGUAUGCUUUGAUUGCCCGGUCCAUGCCGAAUGAUAUAAUCACCCAAGAUCCUACUCCUAAGUCGCUACGUGCGGUCUUCUACGAACUAACUCCCCAGUUGUGGCCCAUCCUAGAAAAGGAUAGUGUCCGGUGCUUACUCAACUUAUUGGUGAGCAAGGGGGGUAUAACAUGGAAGCAUAGCAUCACCUCACAAACCUUAACUUACAUGAUCAGUUAUGAUGCUUUACGAUGUGCAAAAGUUAUAUUGGAGGGCAAGGCACCAAGGCUCAAUGGAUACCAUGCCAAUCCCAACUGCAUUAACCCAUAUGGAUACUUCCCGCUCCAUGAAGCUGCUGAAAGGUUUUCUGUUGACAUGAUCAAGUUACUCUUCCGUCAUGGUGCAUCAGCCAAUGUACGCACAGUCGGGGAUGACAUCAUUGAGAACCUACUCCCACUCCAUGUCGCGGUCGAGAAUACUUGUCUGCAUAAGUAUUUGGAGGAUAAUUUAGUUCCACACCAGAACCGUCAGGAUUAUAUCUACAAGAUUAUCCAUCUGCUAUGCAUGCCUGAAAUGAAAAUCUUUUUGGAUACAAUUAGACUGCUAGCAGAAAGAACAGAUAAUCUAGUUGAUGAGAUAUGGAAUUACGUGAAGGAUGGAAAACUUGUCCAGUCUGCAGUUUUACUUCUGUCAGCUCAAGCACAAAUCCGCGGGGGCUGUUCCUCCAGAAGUAACGGCAAUAAUAAGAGAGAUGGGUUUGAUGUUAUCAUGUGUCAUAUAGUUAGGCAUUUUCUUACCCUAAGGUUGGAGAAGAAAAAUGCAAAUACACGGAAGCUGCGCGAGGAAGAAAGAAUAUUUAUGGAGUAUACGGGCCUGCUUGUUGAUAUUAUAUCCCAAGCUGGUGAAGCCCUUUCUGCAUACAUUCAGGCACAUUCAGAGGAAGAUGUCUUUGAAAGAUCAUGA